CAACCAUUUUAAUGUUUCUACCAUAUGCUUUAAUGUAUCGCACCAAUUCUUGCAAGGAAAUGCCAAACUGGAGAAUAAAACAAAAACUUGGUUAUAACCCAAGAGAAAUAGACAUUUCCUUCAACAUUAUCCCCCCGAUCCAUCAGCGGAGGACAAAAUUCAGCAAAUUUGAGACGGGGGUCAAGGACAAAUCUUCAAGGUUAUUCGGCAAUAGUACAUGCCCCUCCUUCCUUGACCAAUUUGAGCGCCACGCAAUGUUCAGGUCAAGUUGUCCGUGGUACAUAGAACUUUCUGUUGACAAAACCAGAAUUCCUGUUACAAUGGCAAAAGCAAAAUGCAGCUGCAACGAGUGCAUCAUGAAUAUUUCGUCCGGUCGCCAAAGUCGCCCUAACCCAGAUUUCUCGUGCGAGACAGUGAAAACUUACAGAAAAGUGUUGAGAGAAAUUCUAAAUGAAUGCGAUCAGAAUGGCUUCAAAAUGUACCGGGAAGAUAUCGAAGAAGUACCUGUUGCGUGCACGUGCACAGCUACACGUGAAACUGGUUAAAUGCGAAAUGCAA